AACUUAUAUCGUAUGAAUGAAGAUUUUCAACAAGUGUCUUGUGUGCGUGUGUGUCAAGCACACGCGCACACAUACUUCCACAUUUCAUUCUUCCUUUUCGACUUGUGCUUUGAUUUGCGGACCAAUUCGAAACAUUACCGAACAGCAAAAUGGUUGAAACACCGUGUACUAUUCGAACUCGAAAGUUCAUGACCAAUCGAUUAUUAUAUCGAAAACAAAUGAUUGUUGAUGUUAUCCAUCCAGGUCGUGCCACCGUGUCAAAACAAGAAAUUCGAGAUAAAUUAGCAAAAAUUUAUAAAACAACGCCGGAUGUUAUUUUUUCAUUCGGUAAUCGUACAGAUUUUGGCGGUGGACGUACCACUGGUUUUGCCUUGAUAUACGAUACAUUGGAUUAUGCAAAAAAAUUCGAACCAAAACAUCGGCUUCAACGAAAUGGUCUUUAUUCUCGUGAAAGAACUGCACGAAAACAACGCAAAGAACGAAAGAAUCGUAUGAAGAAAGUCCGUGGUACUAAGAAAACGAAAGUUGGUGCUGGUGCUGGUAAAAAAUAGACCAAAAAUAACGAAUAAUUCCAUACAACUUUUGAACAAUCUCUUUUUAAUAUAUAAAAUGUCUAUUUUUUGAUAAUAAAAAAAUUGUUCAAAUUUUUU